UUUUCCCCCCCCGGACACCCCCACCAGACAUACUUUUCAGAGCUCCGCGGAGAAGCUUUCAAUGAGCCCCCGGGACAGACCACUGUAACUGCGGAAGAAAGUAGGGGAGGGGGUUGCUGGCUGCCAGUCGGUCACUACAAGAGAUGAGGGCACGAAUUUGCCUGCUGGUUCUUGCUGCCUGCUUUGCUGCGGACCUAGUGCAAGCGGGAGGAAAGAAGACCUAUCAGGGGCCAUGUGCAGGACGAGAUUGCAGCGGGGGCUGCAAAUGCUUUCCAGAGAAAGGAGCUCGAGGACGUCCUGGUCAACUUGGGGCUCAGGGUCCAAUGGGGCCUGAAGGGUUUUCAGGGCCAACUGGUGUUCCCGGACCUAAGGGUGAAAGAGGAUUUCAAGGAUCACCAGGACCAUCUGGACCAAAAGGCGACCAGGGUCCUAUGGGAGUUCCUGGGUUCCAAGGUGCCAAUGGUAUUCCAGGUCAUAGUGGACAGCCGGGUCACAGAGGUUUCCCUGGACUAGAUGGGUGCAAUGGUACCAAAGGAGAUGAUGGAUACCCUGGGUCUCCAGGAUUUCAAGGGCCUGCAGGAUCAUCAGGGUUUCCAGGUGUUAAAGGUCAGAAAGGAGAGCCUUCAUUUGCCCAGGGUGAAAUUAAAGGACCAAAGGGUGAUGAUGGAGUGAACGGAGUUGAUGGGCUUCCCGGGCCACGGGGACCACCUGGGCUUCAAGGUCCAACAGGGCCAGCGGGGCCUCCUGGCUUUCCAGGUCCACCUGGGGUGCCUGGUUUAACAGGUCCAAAAGGUAACAUGGGAGUUGGUUAUCAAGGUGAAAGGGGAGAAAAGGGAGACACUGGCCGUCAAGGUGAUCCAGGACCUCCUGCCUCUAGCGGAAUGGAAUUCUCAACUUUUCUGAAAGGAAUCCCUGGAGAUCCAGGUGAUUAUGGUACUCCUGGAUAUCCUGGGCAGCCUGGAUUACCUGGUUCCCCAGGCUUCAGAGGACAAGGAGAGAAAGGGGAAAAGGGUAUUCUAGGGCUGCCUGGACAAAGGGGCUUUCCUGGGCAAGAUGGUCUCAAUGGAUUUCCGGGUAACAAGGGUCAGCCUGGUCUUUCUGGUGCUCCUGGAUUUGAAGGUUUUAAAGGAAUGAAGGGCGAGUCAGGAGACAUAGGUUUUCCGGGAAGCCCAGUAUAUGUUAAUAAUGGUGGUGCAGCUCUUCCAGGUGUUCCCGGAGAUCCAGGUCCUCCUGGAUUUGAAGGCAUGCCAGGGGCUGACGGACUCACUGGUUCACCUGGUCUUCCUGGUCCACCUGGGUUUCCAGCAUUUGGAAGGGGUUUUCCUGGUGUUCCAGGAUUUCAAGGUAUUCAGGGAUCUAAAGGAGAAAGAGGAGACUCCGGAAGACCAGCAUAUGGGCAAAAGGGGCUGCUGGGAAGAGAUGGUCCACUAGGGCCCCCUGGCCCCCCAGGGCCACCAGGACUCCCGGGUUUUCGUCCAUCAAGAUUGGACAGUGGUGAGCCUGGGAGACCAGGAGAAAAAGGAUCGCAAGGGCCACCAGGCAGAAUUGGACCUAAGGGAUUUAAAGGAGACUCUGGUGACUGUGCAUGUGGCGGUGGUAGAAGUGGCAGAGGACUACCUGGAGAUCGGGGACCUGCUGGUCCACCGGGAAGUGAUGGAUUUCCUGGAUUUGGAGGACCACCUGGUGAUCCUGGCAGAAGAGGAUCAGAGGGUCCAUCUGGAGUUCCUGGAUCUCUAGGACAACCUGGCACACCAGGAUUAAAAGGGGAAAAGGGAGAACCAGUCUUUCCUUCUGGCAGAGGCACACGUGGAGACCCAGGAUCUGUUGGACUUAGAGGUGCCCCUGGAUUUCUCGGAAACCAAGGAAGAGAUGGACUGCCAGGGCUUCCUGGCCGAAAAGGCGCACCUGGUGAUGGUGGAAUUGGCAAUCCUGGGGAGAAGGGUUUUCCAGGACAGCCUGGUCAGAAGGGAAGUCGUGGAGAAAGUGGUGUUCCAGGUGUUGGUUUUCCAGGUUUACCUGGCCCACGUGGGCUUCCUGGUGACCCAGGUUUAACGGGACAGGAUGGACGACCAGGUGAUCCCGGACCUCCUGGUGACUGCUGCUGCGGGGACAAUGUUGGUAAUGGAGACUUAGUCACAGAGGGAGGCCUGACCUUGCCAUGUAUAUUUGCUGGAGAUCCAGGAGAUCCAGGAAGUCCAGGCAGCCCCGGACCUCCAGGUCCCCAAGGUGAAAAAGGAUUCUCAGGAAUUCCUGGUCUUCCAGGCUUUGAUGGUAACAAAGGCCAACCAGGUAGUCCAGGACUUGGUGGAUUUCCAGGAAAUCCAGGAUUUACUGGACCCCGUGGUGAUGAAGGUCCUGUUGGAUUUCCUGGCUUGGAUGGUAUUGAUGGAUUACCAGGAAAAGCAGGAAUCCCUGGUUUGCCUGGUUUUAAAGGACUACGAGGUGAAGUCUUAGGUGCUGAGCCUGGUGCUCCUGGCGAACCUGGAAGACCCGGUGUCAUAGGAGACAAAGGAGUUAGAGGAGAGCCUGGAUUUGAUGGACAAAGAGGUUUAGAUGGGCGCCCUGGACUGAUGGGUGCUAAAGGUGAAAAAGGUAAUUCAGGAUUUCCUGGUAGCCAAGGUCCCAGAGGAGCCCCUGGAUUUGGAGGUAGAGCAGGUAUUAAAGGAUUACAAGGACCUUCGGGAGAACCUGGAUUUCCGGGGUCACCAGGUUUUCCAGGAGCAAAGGGUUUUCCUGGAGAUCGGGGAGCCCCUGGCCCUGUUGGGUCAAAAGGCCGCCCAGGUCCUAAUGGAGAUGCUGGUCGUCCAGGAGAGUUAGGCCCUGCUGGACCUCCUGGCCCUAGUGGCCGUGAUGCUGUACCUGGCUUCUCUGGAUCUAAAGGCGAUAAAGGCUCUCCAGGUUUGAUUGGCUUUCCUGGAAUGCCCGGUCUACCAGGACUUCCUGGUGGUGUUGGGCCCAAAGGAUUUAAUGGAUUUCCUGGAAGAGACGGCCUUCCUGGAUUAGAUGGGAGAAAGGGAGAUCAAGGCAGUAGAGGGGAUAUAGGCCCACCAGGCCCUUCAAUACCUGUAAACCUAGCUGUACUGAAAGGAGAUCGUGGUUCCCCAGGAGCAGGAGGGCGACCAGGGUUCCCUGGCCCAAGAGGUGAUAAAGGAUACCCUGGACUUCCUGGGUCAUCUGGACUCCCUGGCUUGCCAGGCUCCCCUGGACUAGAUAAAGGCAGACCUGGAGAUCCUGGUUUCCCUGGAGCAAGUGGAAGACCAGGUCUCCCUGGACCAAGGGGAUCACCAGGAAUCAUAGGGUUCCCAGGCAUGCCAGGACCAAGUGGUGCGGAAGGUUUACCUGGAAGCCCAGGUUUUCCUGGCUCAUCUGGUCGUGCUGGGAUAAAAGGUGACCGUGGAGAAUCGCUGGGACAGCCUGGAGCUCCAGGGCCCAAAGGAGAACGAGGUUCACCAGGAAAUCCAGGUUCAAGAGGAUUUAAUGGAUUUCCAGGAGAUGUUGGACUCAUUGGAACUCCAGGAAGCCCUGGACUGAAAGGUGUAGGAGGAGAUGCUGGACGCCCUGGACAACCAGGUGCUCCAGGCCUGCAGGGAUUUAGAGGAAACCCUGGACUUGUGGGAACCCCAGGUUUACCAGGAUCCCCAGGAUUCCCCGGACCCGUAGGAGCGCCAGGUCUUAAAGGUUUUCCUGGAUUUUCAGGUUUGGAUGGACUGAAUGGUUUACCUGGCACAAGAGGGUUACCUGGCACACCUGGUCUAAGUGAAGCAGGUCGCCCAGGGUCACCUGGAUUUCCAGGUUCUAAAGGUGAAAGGGGCUUUUCCAACACAGUGCCUGGAGAGCCAGGAAUCAACGGACUAAAAGGUGCAAGUGGUGAUCCAGGCUAUCCUGGUGUUCCUGGGACACCUGGACCUCCUGGACCUCCAGGGCCAUCAAAUAUUAUCCCUGGAUUAACUGGAGACCCUGGACCAGCCGGUAGAGAUGGAGAGAUGGGAUUGCCUGGCCGACCUGGCCCACGUGGACCUCCAGGUCCUGCCUCAAAUCAAGGAGAUACAGGAGAUGCUGGAAUACCAGGAGGACCAGGAAGAGUUGGUUUAAAGGGUGAUUCAGGAAUACCAGGAAACCCUGGAAGCCCUGGAGCACCUGGAGUAAAAGGCCUGAGGGGGGAUCCUGGUUUCAUGGGUGUUCCUGGAAAAGACGGACCUGUUGGAGAUUCUGGAUUUACUGGUUUUAAAGGAGAAAAGGGCAACCAAGGUCCCCCAGGUCCUGUAGGACGUCCAGGUCUACCUCCUUUUGAUGAUUCUCAAUAUCCCCUUGGAAAUCCUGGUCUACCAGGAAUCAAUGGUUUUGAUGGUGGGGCUGGAGAUCGUGGUACACAAGGACCACCAGGACAAGCUGGUGGAAAAGGCUUUCCUGGCAGGCAAGGACAGAUGGGAAGAAAUGGUCCUCAGGGUCAGCCUGGCUUUCUUGGUGAUCCUGGUGAACCCGGCAUUCCAGGACCGACAGGAUUUGAAGGUUCCCCAGGAACACAAGGUAUCGUAGGAUUACCAGGUAUGCCUGGCCGGAGUGUGAGUGUUGGAUACACUUUGGUAAAACAUAGCCAGGCUGAACAGAUUCCUCCAUGUCCUGUUGGAAUGAACAAGCUUUGGGACGGGUACAGUCUACUCUACGUAGAAGGACAAGAAAAAGCUCAUAAUCAAGAUCUCGGUCUUGCUGGAUCUUGUUUACCUCGAUUUAGCACCAUGCCUUUUAUUUAUUGCAACAUCAAUGAGGUUUGCUACUAUGCCAGCAGAAAUGACAAAUCUUACUGGCUGUCUACUUCGGCUCCUAUUCCCAUGAUGCCAGUGUCCAGCACCCAAAUCAGAAACUACAUCAGCCGCUGCUCUGUGUGUGAGGCUCCUUCCCAAGCUGUCGCUGUUCACAGCCAAGACAGCACGAUCCCUCAGUGCCCAGCAGGCUGGAGGAGUCUUUGGAUAGGAUACUCUUUCCUUAUGCAUACAGCAGCCGGGGCAGAAGGAGGUGGUCAGUCCUUGGUAUCCCCUGGGUCAUGCUUAGAAGAUUUCCGGGCUACUCCUUUUAUAGAAUGCAACGGAGCACGAGGAACUUGCCAUUAUUUUGCAAAUAAGUACAGUUUCUGGCUUACUAUCGUGGAAGAGAGGCAACAAUUUGGCGGUGCUCCUCCUUCUGAAACACUGAAAUCUGGGCAGCUUCGAACACGUGUGAGCCGUUGUCAGGUUUGCAUGAAGAACUUGUAGCACAGCUACUUUUCCAAGAACUUUACUUGAUUUCCAUCGUCAGUCAGUGUAUAGAAAUGGCAUGCAAGCUGGCCACACUAAUCCACAGGCAACUGUCUCCGAGCUUGGAGGUGACAACAAGGCACUUUUUAGGAAAUAGCAAGAACAACUGAUGGAAACUCAUUUAUAGAACAAAUGGGUGAGAAGCUGUACAAUGAAGUAUGGACAGGUCAUAUUAUGGAAAGUAAAUAUUUUCAAAGAAAAAUGGUGCUAAACUUUUCAAUUUGUCUUACACUAGUGUAAUAUUCACGGCUACCUCAGAAAUGCCUUCUGUAAAUUCAGAUCUCCUGUAUAAGCCAGAGGAUUAGGUAACCUGAAUACAGCACGUGCUCAUUGACAGACAUGUGUAAGCUGUAAUGUUCACCAAAAGAGAUCUGAAAAACACCAAAGGUCAAAAUAUAGACUUGAUUUCUUGGUUUUAUGUCUAAAACACUUAAAGUCUUCCAUCAAUGUAAACCUAAGGUGAAUUGUAACCAAGGACGUCUGCACACUUUCCCUGUAUUAGAGGUUUAUUAUUCUUAAUUAUGAAGUCACAGCAUCAUACUAUACAGUGAUCCCUCAACUUACAAUGGUUUCAACAUCCAAUGUUUUUUUCUGGACCAUUGUAACUUGAAACCAGACUCAACAUACAAUGAUGCUACGGACAGUCCAGAUCUGCGAAACAUGUCACAACUGGAGGAACUGACCAAUCAGAAGGGGCAUUUUACUGGUAAAUCACCUGUAUUACUGAAGUGCAUGCACCGACUGUCAGUCUGGUAGCGCCUCCUACAGUACAGGGAGGAACUACAAGUUCUGUACUACUCUUUACCUGUGCCAGGGUUAGCUGCUCCUUUGGACACCAUGUAAGGGUGGAACACUGUGUGUACUGUAUAGGACCCUGAAGAAGCUCCUGUCCUCUAUAUAAACCAUUGUUUUCCAACCAGGGUGCCUCCAGC